AUGCUUCCCCAGGACGUCAGCGGCCACAAGCCCCGCCGCCGCUCCUCGCCGGCCACCGCCUCUUCGUCGCCGCCUCGCCGCCACAAGAGCCGCGACUUCCCACUGGCCCUGAAGCGGCGCCGCUCGGGCCCCGCCCCGGAGCGCCGGGUCAACUGCGUCCUGGUCGGGGACGGUGCGGUGGGCAAGACCAGUCUGGUGGUCAGCUACACCACUAACGGAUACCCGUCCCAGUAUGUGCCCACCGCCUUUGACAACUUCACAGUGAUGGUGGCGGUGGACGGGACGCCGGUCAGGCUGCAGCUGUGCGACACGGCGGGACAGAAAUGGGGAGUUGAUGACGGAGCGAUCAAUGACGAGCUGGAUCGUCUCCGCCCUCUCUGCUACCGAAACGCAGACGUCUUCCUGCUGUGCUACAGCGUGGUCCGACCCGCUUCCUUCCGCAAUCUGACCCACAGGUGGGUGCCCGAGAUCCGCCGGCACUGUCCCGGCGCGCCGCUCGUCCUCGUGGGCACCCAGCUGGACCUGCGGGAGGACGUACAGGUGCUGAUCCAGCUGGCCCGGAACCGUGAGCGGCCGGUGGGCUCAGAGGAGGGCCGGCAGCUGGCCCAGCAGCUGGGCGCCGCGGGCUUCGCUGAGUGUUCAGCACUGACCCAGAAGAACCUCAAGGAGGCGUUCGACUCGGCCAUUUUCGCCAGCAUCCAUCAGACAGAAGAUGGCGGCGGCGACGUGCGGCCGCAGAGACUCACCCUGAAGAGGAAGACUCCAGACAAGAUCAAGAAGCUCUCAGAGACGUGGUGGAGGAAGAUCCAAUGUCUGGUUGGAGAAAACAACUGUGAUCAGCUGACGACUUGACCAGCUCACAUGAACAAAUGCUCUUUUCCACACACGACUUUCUUCAGGCCUCUGAUUGGCUGAAAUGGUCUUAGAGUUAGCGGUUAGCAGCAACCCGUUCCUUUGACAUGCACUUGAUGGCUUGUAAGAAGGGCAAAAUGUUUUUAAAAGUACAAAACCUGAGCAGGAAACUCCUUAAAGUUCCCCUGCGGUGCAAAAGUGACGUUUUUUAUGUUAUGUUUAUGUUCGAAGAGUAAUGUGUGUCCCGAGAGCCUGUUCAUGAGCGCCAAACGUGAAAAAUCUAUCAUCUCCUUCACUUGUUUGCUGUAUUGUUGAGAAGCGGCGCUCAAACACGGCGCUUUUGAAUUUGUCAUGUGACAUCAAACCUUCUUCCUCGUGGACAUGACCCACGCCCGGCUUUGCUACACAUCUGAGAACAGAUCUCUGCCAGCUCUCCAUCAAUCAGGCACAGACGUGGGAGCUGUAAGUUUGAUCGUGUUGUUCUUCUUCAGCAAAUAGGCUAGCCGAGCACGAUGUUAGCUCUUUAGCUCGCGUAGCUGUGCUAGUGUUGCUAAUGUUUGACUUCAACCGCGAUGGGGGAUUUGUUGUCAUGAUAGACUUUAGCGGCGUAUGUUUCCCAAAGUUUCAUCUGAAUUCCAAAUUGUACGACCUCAGCGGUAUUUAAUGCAAUUAUCAUUUGACAAACUAGCGACAUUUCGUAUCUACGAAGCUCGCUGAACUGAAGACUUGUGACGUGCGUUGAGGCUUGGCGUGACCGUCAGUGGUUCAAACUCGGACAUUUUGCGCGACUCGAGGCUUAUUGAGCAAUAAUGUGUACAAAGACACAAAGCAGGCUUCGCCACACAUCUUAAAAUCAAGCUCUGCCAGCUAUCAGUCAGCUACAAACUCCUUAAUGUUACGUUGUUGCAUGUGAUGUAUGGCAUCUGUUACUGUGGACAUGUCAAAAGUGGACAAAUAACACAGCUCAUUAGCAUUAAAGCAGCAGACACACAACUACUGACACUAAGUAGCAUCUUUAAAGGCUCAAAAAUCGUCACACAAAUCUGAAGCCUCAAUUCAGCGAGCAUCAAAGCAUAUAAUGUUCUGCUGUUUUUUUAUAUACAGUCGUCCAUGGCUACACUGCGGUUUGAAUAUCGCACCCUUGCUCUAUCACGGCUUUUAACAAAAUAAUUAAUCAAUAAAUGACCGCUGUUUCAUCAUUGACUAUGGCCUGUUAUUCCGUGUGGAAGUGGUACGUUUUUGGCCGCUUGUUUUGUCCUUCUUCCCCAACUCACUUUCAUGUGGAAGCCACUGAAAGGAAAAAAUGGUCAUAAUUAUGGGAUAAAAAGCUGAAACCCAUCCAUCCGUCCAUUUUCUAUGCCGCUUAUCCUCACUAGCUACCAACUCACCACUCUUCACCCCCACAUCCCUAUCCCAGCCAUCCUCUACUCCCCUCUCCAUAACUGAUGAUCAGGUGAGAAGUCAGCUGAGGAAGAUCAAGGCAAGGAAGGCCCCGGGACCGGACGGCAUCAGCCCUAGAAUCCUCAAGGACUGUGCUGACCAGCUCUGUGGAGUUCUCAGGCACUUGUUCAACCUCAGCCUGAGCCUGGAGAAAGUCCCGGCCCUGUGGAAGACCUCCUGUGUGGUCCCGAUCCCAAAGACACCGCGUCCCAAGGAGCCUAACCACUUCAGGCCUGUUGCCUUGACCUCUCACCUGAUGAAGACCAUGGAGAGGAUUAUCCUGCAGCACCUGCGACCCCUGGUGGGCACUCAGCUGGA